AUGUUGGCAGCCAUGCAGCAGCAAAAUGCUAACAUGCAGCUGGGGGAGAAUCGAUCUGCAGCUGGAUCUUCCCAGGCUCCACCGCCACGAGUACAAGAGUGGAGUUUGGAGGAUUUUCUUCAGCAUCACUCGUCUCGCUUCGAUGGCAAGACCACUCCAGAUGAGGCAGACCAGUGGAUGAGGGAUAUGGAGCGGAUUUAUGAUGCCAAGCGAUGCCCAACAGAAAACAGGUUGGCUUAUUCUGAGUAUUUGCUAGCCGGAGAGGCUGUCCAUUGGUGGUCUAGCAUGAAGAUGAUGCUAGAAGACAGCAGGGAGACUGUCACCUGGGAGUUGUUCAAGAAGAAGUUUUAUGCUGAGUACUUCCCAGACAGUGUGAGAUACGCCAAGGAAGUGGAAUUCUUACAGUUGAUGCAGGGGGAGAUGUCAGUGUCAGAGUACGCUGAAAAGUUCAAGCACCUGGGAAAAUUUCACACUCUGAAGAUGGCUGAAGAUUGGCAAUGUAGGAAAUUUGAAAAUGGACUGAGAGGCGAUCUUAAACUCAUGGUGGCUCCGCUCUUUAUAAAGGAGUUUCCUGCUUUGGUGGAGAAAGCGAGGGUAAUGGAAAAGUUAAAGGCAGAAGUUGAAGCUCAACAACGGUCGCAGCAGAAGGUGGGAGGACCAUCUGGGUCCAUGAGCAAACAGGACGAUAGGAGGAAGCCUUACUCUAGACCUCCGCCUCAGGGGUCCAGGAGAUUCCCACCUCAGCCACAUCUGCCCCAGUCACAUCAGCAUCAGUCCCCUCAUCAUCACUCUCACAGACCACAGUGUUUUCGUUGUGGAGGGCCCCACAUGAGGAGUGCUUGCCCCCAGCUUGGUGGUAGGCAAACAUGUCACAGAUGUGGGCAGGAAGGCCACUUCAUCAGAAAUUGCCCCACUGGCAAGGGUACAGUGUCUAGACCUUCAACGCAGUCACAGCCACAACAGACACGGGGAAGUGCUAGGCCCCAGGCAGUUGGUCGAGUGUAUGCCAUGACAGGUGCAGAGGCAGACAGAUCAGGUAACCUCAUCAUUGGAUAUUGUGUGAUUGGUAGUAGGAGUUUGUGUGUGUUAUACGAUUCGGGAGCGACACACUCUUUCGUGUCGGAGUAUAUAGUGAGGGAGUUGGGUCUCCCGGUUAGGGAACUUCUAUACGACCUGGUAGGGUCUACGGCCGCUUCUAGGAUGGUCAAAACCUCGACGUUAUGUGUUAGAUGUUUGAUCGAGGUUGAAGGGCACAAAUACAGGGUGAACCUCAUCUGUUUACCUCUGGAAGGCCUAGAUGUCAUCUUGGGAAUGGAUUGGCUAUCAGCUAAUCGCAUUCUCAUUGAUUGUAAUGAGAAGAAGGUAUUGUUUCCCAACCCGGAAGAUGAUGAGAUGUUGUUAUCCUCACAGCAGGUGGAUCAAGCACUAAAGGAAGGGUCUCAGUGUUUCUUGAUUCUCACUCAACUAUCUGUUGAGAAUGGGGAUAGGCACAUUGAAACGUUUGUUGUGAGGGAUUUCCCUGAUGUUUUCCCGGAUGAGGUGCCCGGCUUGCCCCCUUCCAGAGAGAUUGAGUUUUCUAUUGAUCUGGUGCCUGGAGCAGGGCCAGUAUCAAUAGCACCUUACAGGAUGGCUCCUGCUGAGCUGGCAGAAUUGAAAAAACAGAUUGAGGAACUAGUUAAGUCUGAUGACGUGCAGAAGACUGCUUUCAGAUCCAGAUAUGGGCACUACGAGUACGUAGUGAUGCCUUUCGGCGUUACUAACGCCCCUGCCUUGUUCAUGGAUUAUAUGAACCGAAUCUUCAGGCCUUUUCUAGACAAGUUUGUGGUGGUGUUCAUAGACGACAUCUUGAUAUACUCCCGAACUCAUGAAGAACAUGCAGAGCAUCUGAGGACCGUUCUGAGCAUCCUGAGAGAGAAGCAGCUCUAUGCGAAACUGUCUAAAUGCGAGUUUUGGAUGACCAUGGUUAAAUUUUUGGGGCAUGUGAUCUCAGCUCAGGGCAUAUCCGUGGACCCAUCCAAAGUGGAAGCUGUGUUAAAAUGGGAGCGUCCUAAAUCAGCAACUGAGAUUAGGAGCUUUGUAGGACUGGCAGGAUACUACCGAAGGUUCAUUGAGGGGUUCUCAAGAAUCGUAGCACCUUUGACUCAGCUGACACGUAAGGAUCAGCCUUUUGCCUGGAUCGACCGAUGUGAAAAUAGCUUCCAGGAGUUGAAGCAGAAGUUGACCAGUGCUCCUGUGUUGGUAAUCCUUGAUACCAGCAGACCCUUCGAAGUCUAUUGUGAUGCCUCCCACCAGGGGCUAGGGUGUGUUCUUAUGCAAGAAAGGAAAGUGGUUGCCUACGCCUCUAGGCAGCUCAAAAGUCAUGAGAAGAACUAUCCCACACACGAUCUUGAGUUAGCGGCUGUGGUGUUUGCACUAAAAAUCUGGAGACACUAUUUGUAUGGCGCUCAAUUCCAGGUUUUUAGUGACCACAAGAGCCUGAAGUAUCUGUUUGACCAGAAAGAGUUGAACAUGAGACAUAGACGAUGGAUGGAGUUCCUAAAGGAUUUCGACUUCGAGUUGUUGUACCACCCGGGAAAAGCGAAUGUUAGUGCCAUGGGCAGCAGGUUAUCUAUGAGCUCGGCUUACCACCCCCAAACAGACGGCCAGUCUGAGAGGACAAUACAGUCUCUUGAGGACCUCUUGCGGACAUGCGUAUUGGAUCAUCUCGGUGCAUGGGAUGAGGUCCUGCCUUUAGUAGAGUUUACCUAUAAUAACAGUUUCCAUACAAGCAUCGGCAUGGCGCCAUAUGAAGCUCUCUAUGGCAGAAGGUGCAGAACUCCUUUGUGUUGGUACCAAGACGGAGAGUCUGUGAUGGUAGGGCCAGAGUUAUUGAGGCAGACCACUAAGAAGGUCAAGUUAAUACAAGAAAGGAUGAAGGCGUCUCAGAGCAGACAGAAAUCCUAUGCCGAUCAGAGGAGAAGACCUUUGGAGUUUGCUGUUGGAGAUCAUAUUUUCUUGAGGAUUACCCCGACCACCGGUGUGGGGAGGGCUAUUCGCUCAAGGAAGUUAUCUCCUAAGUUCAUUGGUUCAUACCAAAUUCUGAGGAGGAUUAGACCAGUGGCUUAUGAAAUCGCCUUACCCCCUCAGCUAUCCAACCUUCACCCUAUUUUCCUUGUCUCUCAACUCAGAAGAUAUGUGGCUGACCCCUCACAUGUGCUUGAGGCAGAAGACCUAUAG